AUGGCUGAUUCCCUGACCGAAGAGCAAGUGUCCGAGUACAAGGAAGCCUUCUCCCUGUUUGACAAGGAUGGCGAUGGACAAAUCACCACCAAGGAGCUUGGCACCGUCAUGCGCUCCCUGGGCCAGAACCCCUCCGAGUCUGAACUGCAGGACAUGAUCAACGAGGUUGACGCCGACAACAACGGCACCAUUGACUUCCCCGAAUUCCUGACCAUGAUGGCUCGCAAGAUGAAGGAUACCGAUUCCGAGGAGGAAAUCCGCGAAGCGUUCAAGGUGUUCGAUCGCGACAACAACGGCUUCAUUUCCGCCGCUGAGCUGCGUCACGUCAUGACUUCCAUUGGUGAGAAGCUGACUGACGACGAGGUUGAUGAGAUGAUCCGCGAAGCGGACCAGGAUGGCGAUGGCCGAAUUGACUACAACGAGUUCGUCCAGCUCAUGAUGCAAAAAUAA